CGAGGAGGGGCGAGAGCGGCCGCCCCCCGUCCCCUCCCAUUCGGGCGCGCGCUCGCCGCGGCGGCGGCGGCUCCCGGCGAUGCGGUGAGAGGGAGGCGCCGCCGCGCUCUGUGAGGGGCCGCCGGGAGCCUCCCGCGCCAGACAAGGAUUAUUCAGCUUUACUGAAGAAGUAACCCGAGGUAGGAAUCCUUCAGAGCCAAUUUGGCAGAGGCACAUGCAGAUACUUGAGGAACACACAGGAUCCUGGACUUGCAGUGAAUGGAGGAGGACACUUCUUGCUAAAGAUUUAACUUGUCUAAAGAUAUCAAGUGUUUUGGAGAAGGUGGCUGGAGCAGCAUCACCAUGUUUCGAAACAGCCUCAAGAUGCUUCUGACAGGAGGGAAGUCCAACCGCAAGAACAGGUCCAGUGAUGGAGGGAACGAGGAGCCACCAGACCGAAGACAGGCAAGUGUAGACUCCCGUCAGAGCCGAGCUGGGCAAGGCACCUCCACAGAGAACGACUGUGCUUUUGAACCCGACUACGCCAUCGCGCCGCUCGCAGUGACCGAAGGUAUGCAGCACAUUCGGAUAAUGGAGGGCAUGUCCCGCUCCCUUCCAUCCUCCCCCUUACUCACACAUCAGUCUAUCAGUGUUCGGCUCCAACCUGUGAAGAAGUUAACUGCCCCUCUGAGGAAAGCAAAGUUUGUUGAGAGCCCUCGAAUCCCAGAGUCCGAGCUUGGCUCCCCAACCCUGUCUGCCCAGAAGCUGGACGUUGAUGCCUUCUGCCCUGGUGAUACUGAGCAGGAGCUGGGACCCCCUCCAUCCGUAGAUGAGGCAGCGAACACACUCAUGACUCGCCUGGGCUUCCUCCUCGGAGAGAAAGUCACGGAGGUUCAGCCAGGGCCCCAGUACAGCAUGGAGGUGCAGGACGAGAACCAGAGCUCAGCGGUGACGCAGCGCAUCAGCCCCUGCUCCACCCUGACCAGCAGCACGGCCUCGCCACCAGCCAGCAGCCCCUGCUCCACCCUGCCCCCUGUCAGUGCCACUGUCACAGCCAAGGACUGCACCUAUGGGGCUGUCACCAGCCCCACAUCCACGCUGGAGAGCAGAGACAGCGGCAUCAUCGCCACAUUGACAAGUUACUCUGAGAAUGUGGAACGUACGAAAUACGGAGGGGAAAGCAGUAAGGAACUUGGAUCUGGGGGAAACCUGAAGCAGUGGCAAUCCCAGAAAUCCAGCAUGGACUCGUGCCUGUACCGUGUGGAUGAGAACAUGUCAGCCUCCACCUACAGCCUGAACAAAAUCCCCGAGAGGAACCUGGAGACAGUCCUGUCCCAGUCAGUGCAGUCAAUUCCUCUGUACCUUAUGCCACGGCCAAAUUCAGUAGCAGCCACCAGCUCAGCCCACCUGGAGGAUCUGGCUUACCUGGACGAGCAGAGGCACACUCCCCUGCGCACCUCGCUGCGCAUGCCGCGGCAGAGCGUGGCCAGCGCCCGGGCACAGCAGGACCUGCGAGUGCGCUUCGCGCCCUACAGACCCCCCGACAUCUCCCUGAAGCCGCUGCUCUUCGAGGUGCCCAGCAUCACCACGGAGUCCGUGUUCGUGGGCCGGGACUGGGUGUUCCACGAGAUCGACGCGCAGCUGCAGAGCUCCAACGCCAGCGUCAACCGCGGCGUCGUCAUCGUCGGCAACAUCGGCUUCGGCAAAACCGCCAUCAUCUCCAGGCUGGUGGCGCUCAGCUGCCACGGCACCAGGAUGAGGCAGAUCGCUUCAGAUAGCCCCCACGCCUCCCCAAAACAUGUGGAUGCCAACCGGGAGCUGCCCUUGGCACAGCCGCCCUCUGCCCACGCGUCCAUCGCCAGCGGGAGCUGCCCGGGGACGCCCGAGAUGCGGCGGCGCCAGGAGGAGGCCAUGAGGAGACUGGCCUCACAGGUGGUAGCUUACCACUACUGCCAGGCUGACAACGCCUACACCUGCCUGGUGCCCGAGUUUGUGCACAACGUGGCCGCCCUGCUCUGCCGCUCGCCGCAGUUCGUGGCCUACCGGGAGCAGCUGCUGCGCGAGCCGCACCUGCAGAGCCUGCUCAGCCUGCGCUCCUGCGUGCAGGACCCCAUGGCCUCCUUCCGCAGGGGGGUCCUGGAGCCCCUGGAGAGCCUGCACAAAGAGAGGAAGAUCCCUGAUGAAGAUUUCAUUAUAUUAAUUGAUGGUUUAAAUGAGGCUGAAUUUCACAAGCCAGAUUAUGGAGACACCAUAGUAUCGUUCCUGAGCAAAAUGAUUGGAAAAUUCCCUUCCUGGCUGAAGCUGGUUGUGACAGUCAGGACAAGUCUACAGGAAAUAAUUAAGCUGUUGCCCUUCCACAGAAUAUUUUUGGAUAGACUGGAAGAGAAUGAAGCCAUCGACCAGGACCUGCAGGCAUACAUCCUCCACAGGAUACACAGCAGCUCGGAGAUCCAGAACAACAUCUCGCUCAACGGCAAAAUGGACAACACUACCUUUGGCAAACUCAGCUCUCACCUCAAGACCUUGAGCCAAGGGUCCUACCUGUACCUGAAACUGACUUUUGAUCUCAUAGAGAAAGGAUACCUAGUUCUAAAAAGCUCCAGCUACAAAGUGGUCCCAGUGUCCCUGUCCGAAGUGUACCUGUUGCAGUGCAAUAUGAAGUUCCCAACACAGUCUUCCUUUGAUCGGGUCAUGCCUCUCUUGAACGUAGCAGUGGCUUCUCUGCACCCAUUAACAGAUGAACAUAUUUUUCAGGCCAUUAAUGCAGGUAACAUUGAGGGCACUUUGGAGUGGGAGGACUUUCAGCAGAGGAUGGAGAACCUUUCUAUGUUUCUUAUCAAACGUAGAGACAUGACGCGAAUGUUUGUUCAUCCCUCUUUCCGAGAAUGGCUUAUUUGGAGAGAAGAAGGUGAAAAAACCAAGUUUCUUUGUGAUCCAAGGAGUGGCCACACACUCCUUGCCUUCUGGUUUUCUCGACAAGAAGGAAAAUUAAACAGGCAGCAGACCAUUGAACUGGGACAUCACAUUCUCAAAGCCCAUAUUUUUAAGGGUCUGAGUAAAAAAGUUGGGGUAUCUUCCUCCAUCCUGCAAGGGCUUUGGAUCUCCUACAGUACUGAAGGUCUUUCAAUGGCAUUGGCAUCUCUGAGAAAUCUCUACACCCCAAACAUAAAGGUCAGCCGGUUGCUGAUUUUAGGAGGCGCAAAUGUGAAUUACCGGACGGAGGUUCUGAACAACGCCCCCGUUUUGUGUGUCCAGUCUCACCUGGGCUAUGCAGAGAUGGUGGCCUUGCUCUUGGAGUUUGGGGCCAAUGUUGAUGCAGCUUCUGAGAGCGGCCUGACCCCGCUGGGCUACGCGGCCGCCGCCGGGUUCCUGAGCAUCGUGGUGCUGCUGUGCAAGAAACGGGCCAAGGUGGAUCAUUUGGACAAAAACGGGCAGUGUGCCCUGGUCCAUGCUGCUCUCAGGGGACACUUGGAGGUGGUGAAGUUCUUGAUCCAGUGUGACUGGAGCAUGGCUGGCCAGCAGCAGGGAGUGUUCAAGAAGAGCCACGCAAUCCAGCAGGCCCUGAUUGCUGCUGCCAGCAUGGGCUACACCGAGAUCGUCUCCUACCUGCUCGAUCUUCCAGAAAAAGAUGAAGAGGAGGUGGAGAGAGCACAGAUCAACAGCUUUGACAGCCUCUGGGGAGAGACAGCUCUGACGGCGGCGGCGGGGCGCGGGAAGCUGGAGGUGUGCAGGCUGCUCCUGGAGCAGGGCGCCGCCGUGGCGCAGCCCAACCGCCGCGGGGUCGUGCCGCUCUUCAGCGCCGUCAGACAGGGACACUGGCAGAUCGUGGAUCUCCUGCUCACGCACGGCGCUGACGUGAACAUGGCAGACAAGCAGGGCCGGACGCCGCUGAUGAUGGCCGCGUCCGAGGGACACCUGGGCACUGUGGAGUUCCUGCUUGCACAAGGUGCCUCCAUUUCUCUGAUGGACAAAGAGGGCUUGACAGCCCUCAGCUGGGCCUGCCUGAAGGGUCACCUGCCCGUGGUGCGUUCCCUGGUGGAGAACGGAGCUGCCACGGACCACGCGGACAAGAACGGCCGCACGCCGCUGGACCUGGCGGCGUUCUACGGCGACGCUGAGGUGGUUCAGUUCCUGGUGGACCAUGGGGCCAUGAUCGAGCACGUCGACUACAGUGGGAUGCGGCCCCUCGACAGAGCAGUGGGCUGCCGCAACACCUCGGUGGUCGUCACCCUCCUGAAGAAAGGAGCAAAGAUAGGUCCAGCAACUUGGGCAAUGGCAACCUCCAAACCAGACAUCAUGAUCAUCCUGUUGAGCAAGCUGAUGGAGGAGGGAGACAUGUUUUAUAAGAAAGGUAAAGUGAAAGAAGCUGCCCAGCGCUACCAGUAUGCUCUGAAAAAAUUCCCCAGAGAAGGGUUUGGAGAGGACCUGAAAACCUUCCGUGAGCUGAAGGUGUCGCUGCUGCUCAACCUGUCCCGGUGUCGAAGGAAAAUGAAUGAUUUUGGAAUGGCCGAGGAAUUUGCCACUAAAGCACUGGAGCUGAAACCGAAGUCUUACGAAGCUUACUAUGCAAGAGCAAGGGCCAAACGCAGCAGCAGGCAGUUUUCAGCAGCCCUGGAGGACCUGAACGAGGCCAUCAAGUUGUGUCCUAACAACCGUGAGAUCCAGCGGCUGCUGAUGCGGGUGGAGGAGGAGUGCAGGCAGGUGCAGCAGCAGCAGCAGCAGCAGCAACAACAGCAACAGCAGCAGCAGCAGCAACAGCAGCAGCAGCAACAGCAGCAGCCAUCACCUCCACUCCCAGUGGAGCCAGAACCCGAAGCCCAGCAUGAAGAGCUGUAUUCUGUGCAAGAUAUCUUUGAGGAGGAAUACCUCGAGCAGGAUGUAGAAAAUAUUUCCAUUGGCUUACAGACAGAGUCCAGGCCAAACCAAGGGCUGCCCAUCAUCCAGAGCCCACCCCCAUCUCCAGCUCACAGGGACUCAGCCUAUAUUUCUGGCUCACCUCUUGGCUCUCACCAGGUCUUUGAUUUCAGGUCCAACAGCUCUGUGGGUUCACCGACCAGGCAGGGAUACCAGUCCACAUCUCCUGCUCUAUCUCCAACGCACCAAAACUCACAUUACAGACCCAGUCCUCCACACACGUCCCCAGCUCACCAGGGCUCCACUUACCGCUUCAGCCCCCCUCCCGUGGGGAGCCAGGGCAAGGAGUACCAGAGCCCUCCGCCGUCUCCCCUUCGCAGAGGCCCCCAGUACCGCGCCAGUCCCCCCGCGGAGAGCAUGAGCGUGUACCGCUCGCAGUCCGGCUCCCCGGUGCGCUACCAGCCGGAGCCCAGCGCCGUCUCCCAGCUCCCCGGCAGGCCCAAGUCUCCGCUCUCCAAGAUGACGCAGAGAUCCUUCCAGAUGCCCCAGCUCCCCGUGGCCGUGCCGCAGCCAGGGCUGAGGCUGCAGCCGGCCAAGGCACAGAUCGUGAGGAGCAAUCAGCCCAGCUCUGCCGUCCAUUCCAGUACUGUCAUCCCAACUGGUGCCUACAGCCAGGUUGCCCACUCGAUGGCCAGCAAGUACCAGUCAUCAUCAGGGGACAUGGGGGUCAGCCAGAGCCGCCUGGUCUACCAGGGCUCCAUCGGGGGCAUCGUGGGUGACAGCAGGCCCGUGCAGCAUGUGCAGGCCAGUCUCAGCGCCGGAGCCAUCUGUCAGCAUGGAGGGCUGGCCAAAGAAGACCUUCCACAGAGACCAUCCUCGGCUUACAGAGGGGGGAUGAGAUACAGCCAGACCCCUCAGAUCGGGCGAAGCCAGUCCGCCUCCUACUAUCCGGUGUGCCACUCAAAGCUUGACCUGGAGCGUUCUUCCCUCCCCGCCAACCAGCUGGGCUCUCCAGAUGUGUCUCACCUCAUAAGGAGGCCCAUCACAGUCAAUCCCAGCGAAAUCAAGCCUCACCCACCGACUCCAAGGCCUCUGCUCCACUCUCAGAGCGUUGGCCUCCGCUUCUCCCCUUCCAGCAAUAGCAUCUCCUCCACCUCCAACCUGACUCCCAACUUUCGGCCCUCUGCCUCGAUUCAGCAAAUGGAGAUUCCCCUCAAGCCAGCCUAUGACAGAUCGUGCGAUGAGCUGUCUCCAGUCUCGCCCACGCAGGGGGGCUACCCCAGCGAGCCAGCCCGCUCCCGGACCACGCCCUUCAUGGGGAUCAUAGAUAAAACUGCUCGGACUCAGCAGUACCCCCACCUCCAUCAGCAGAACCGGACCUGGGCCGUGUCUUCAGUGGACACUGUCAUUAGUCCUACGUCUCCUGGCAAUCUGCCCCAGCCGGAAUCCUUUAGCCCACCCUCUUCAAUCAGCAACAUUGCCUUUUAUAACAAAACCAACAAUGCACAGAAUGGCCAUUUGCUAGAGGAAGACUAUUACAGCCCCCAUGGGAUGCUGGCCAAUGGGUCCCGGGGAGACCUCCUGGAGAGAGUCACCCAAGCCUCCUCAUACCCCGACGUCAAGGUGGCAAGGACGCUGCCCGUGGCGCAGGCCUACCAGGAUAACCUGUACAGGCAGCUCUCCAGGGACUCCAGGCAAGGGCAGACGUCCCCAAUCAAACCAAAGAGACCAUUUGUGGAGUCUAAUGUGUGAAAGACACUUGUUGGAGUGAGACCCUCAUGUUUUCAGCACACACUUCCAAGCUUGAUUUCCAUGCAUACUAUUAUAAUUAUUAUUAUUACUAUUAUUAUUUUUAUUUCUCUUUGAUAGCUACAUGAUCAAGUUUCUCCGGUACUUUAUGUGGUGGUCAGACAGCCAUGCACGUGCUCCAGCCCUUUUGUUCCCCAGCUGACUGUGAAGCCAACAUCAGCCGAGCCAGUAUCAUUUGCCCAAUUCCAGCAAAGUUCCAACCAGGAUAUCUUAGUCCAUGGUGUGGGGUGGUCCAGAGAUAUCCCUACGCAGCAGGAGGUAACCAGCUCUUUUUCAAGAGACAAUUGCCUUGGAUUUAAAUUGGUUUCUUUUGUCUCAGUGAUCUCUUACUCAACUCGGAUGGGAAUUCCUAGGGAAUUCCACAGGAGCCUUUCCCAAGGCUGCAUCCACAGGCCCCCAUGCCAGCCAGGCUGUUUGGCUCUUUGCCCCAAAGAGCAGAUUACCCUCAGUGAUGUGAUUUAGCACCAGUAGCUAUGCACAGCACCCACAACACCCAUUCUGAUUCUGCUGGCUUACAGUGCUCUCCUUCCUUACUUAACUUGUCACUGGCCAGAAGGGUGGGGAUCACACAGCACUUUGCUGCUUUCCAAGUACCUACCAGGUGCCCUCACACUGAUUUCUUUGCUCUGGGGCAUUUUACAAGCAUUGAGGGUGUAAGGUUGGCCCUUUGUUCAGUGUUUUAAUCAGCCAAGGGAAUUGGCCAGGAACCUCUUGUGCAUGAACUGGGGUUGCACUAACUUCUUCACACUGUUGGCAGACUUCACCUCACCCAGGGCAUUUGCACGGGGCAAGUCAGUGUUGGGGACUUCAUGUGGGAAGGGAUUUAUUACUUGCAAGGAAGAGCAAAAAUCUGACUUAGGAAAUGGUAUUCAAAGAGGAAAAUUGCAAUUCUUAAUUUUUUUUUUUUUUUUUUUUUUUUUUUUUUUUUUUUUUUUUUUUUUUUUUUUACAUUUUUUUAUGAUGAGGAUGCAGAACAUGGCAUGAUGGUCCCAAAAGAGGAAGGGUCCUUCUGCAGUCCCAGGCCUGCAGCAUCCCUUCCCUCUGGCUCAGUCCUACCAGGGAGCAGGUGCUGUAGCAAGGGCUGUGCUCCUUUAAGAUUCUCUGUUCCUGAAAUCCUGGAAAGGGACACCGUGUUUGGUAUCUGUACAUGGUAGAAACCAUGUGUUGCUUUUUGAGAAGCUGUAGUUCAGAGAGACCUAUUUAUAAUUUAUUUAUGUUAUCUAUUUCAGGACAUUUUCCAGUUCAGGUUGGGUUUUUUCUAUUAUUUUCAGUUUUGUAAUCAAAUGCAAGUCACAUCAAGACAACAUGAAAAGCAGGGGCUGGUUCCAGAAUCCUUUUUAGAGGAUUUCCAAGAAUUUUUUCAAUUAGUUGCUGAAAAUUUCUUUGGAGGUGGAGGGAAGAACUUCCUUUACCGAUUCCUUUAUUCCUGGUGGGUUUGUAAUCUGCCUUUUCCGUUCUGAGGGUGAAGGGUGGGAUGAUGGGAGGGAGAGUGAUAACGUUGUAGCUUGUUUUAAAGCAAACUAGUGCCUGUUGCCCAAUGCCAGACCUCACUCAGAUCAGCUCUGGGGAGCGGUUCAGUGCUGAGCAGGGAGAGAUACCUCCAAAGGGCUACUGAGAAUCGAUUGCAAGACUUCUUGAACCAAAUCACGGGCUCCAACCUCUGCUGGUGUGAGUGAGCAUAUCCCAGCAACAAUCACUGCAGCUGCACCCUUUCACACCAGCUCAGGGCAGGCUCUGGAACUCUUUAAGCAAACCCUGGCUUUGAUGGGGCAUUUUUUUUUCCUCCUGUGUGUGGCUCAGCACAUCUCAUUGCUGUUUCAUUGCCUGACUUGCUCAGAGCAAGCUGGGACGUGCACACCUUGGGCCAGGGGAGGCUUGUGUCUCACAGACACACGGGGAGCAUUUGGAAGGGGGGGUUCCUCUAUGAGUUUUGGCAGUUUUGGGGCACCCCAGGGGCCAUUUGGUCUUUGUCAAAGCCAGUAUUUGGAUUGAGGUUGGUGUUUUCUUCCUUGAGGUGCAACCCAGUGCUGACUCUGCUUUAUCCCAGGGCUCUGUAGAAUGGGGGGCUGGCUGGGAUGGGGUGGCUACCCCGUGGGGACACCCAGGUCUGUGCAUGGUUUCUCUCCUUGCAAAUGGGGUGUGAUGGUUUUCUUUCUUCCUCUCAUUUCUGAAAUGACAUGCUCUUUAUUGUAAGGAAUAACUGAUUUCUCCUCCACAUCCCACAUGCCCAUAGCUGGGAGACGUAUCCUGGGUCUGGAUCAGCAUCAGUCACUUUGCUUAAGUGCCUCCCAUCCUCCAGCUUUCUGCCUCAGUGAGUGGUUUCCUACCUUGAGUUGCUUCUUUGAAAGGUAAAAGUAACCCAGUCCAGCCCUGUCCCUGUGUUACCCACGGGUGCUCCUCUCCCCUGCCACGCCAGCAGGGUGGCCCAGGGGCUGUGACAGAACUGCCCAAGCUCUGCUUUCACCACUCACCACCUUGUGCUCCCAGUCCUGUCCUUCAGAACAUCCCCCCACAGCCCUCCUGUGUGUAACUCCCCAGUUUCUGAAGAUGUUUUAAGGGAAAAGAAAACAGCUCACGCUCUUAACACAACCACAAAGCUGAAGACGGCUUGAAACACUGCAGCAUGCAGGUUUUUUCACAAUUCCACGUGUUAGGUUUUCCACAGGAUUCUUGCACUAAUGGUUUUCCAUCUGUUCUCUCUGUAAAUGGGUGCACUUUACUGUUUGAAUUUGUUACUAUGAUAAAUACUGGAUAUUUAAGCGUGAGUAGUGUCUUCAUUAGAAAAAUAGCAAAACAGCUCAAGUCUCUUAGUGUAUUUUUCAAAAAGAAAAAAGAAGAGCAAAGAAACGAAGCAAUGAAUCAUAACAUUUAUAGCACAAGAACUGACUCCUGUAUAUAAGCAUCAACAGAUUGAGUAAUUUUUGAAUACAAAAUUAUUUGCAGUGGUUUUAAAGCACUUCCCUGGCAAUUCUCUUAGGGACAGUUGAGGCAGGAUGGCUGCUGUGGUCACCAGGUGGGUAAGAAGCACAUUUCUUCCUGGAAGAGCUGUUCUUGCUCAGUCCCCUGUCUUCAAAGUCAUGAUUUGGUCUUUGCAUGAGGAGAAGCAGAGGUCAUUCUGUGUUGUGCUGGCAUGGCCCCAUUGUGCUUGGGGAGCACAAGGUCAGAUCUCACCCUGAGGGCCCCUCAUCCUCUACUCUUGGAUCUGGGUGUGACAAGAUCAGGCCACACUGUGGGAUCACGCUCCGUUUCAGACAUUCAGCUAUCCUGUAUGUCUGUGCUAUGUAUUUAAUUACUUUUUCAGUAAUUAAGAUGCAGGUCAAUGCUGCCAGCUGGUGCCUUCAUGCCCUCCUGACUGCAGUAGUACCACUGGCAAGCCCCAUCUUUGAGCAAGCAGGAUUUUGGGUUCACCGAGAAAAGCAGGUUCUUGAUGACAUUGAAACUCCAGUUUUCAUUCUUGGGGUACAUGCAGAAGGCAGUGCCAAAAGUGAUGCUGAAGCUGACCCCUUUCUUCAGCCAACCUUCCCACCAGGUGUCUCUCAUCCUCACCUGUGGCUGCUCUGAGACCCAGGUGUGCUACCACAGAGCUGGAAUCUUCUCUCCCAGCAUCAGGUGUUGGAGUCUGCCCCAUCCCUCAGUGGGGGUUCAUUGGCUCUUGCUUUUCUCCCAGGUCAGGAGGAUGCUGUGGUCCCAGGGGAGUGGAUACCCACAGGGUGGGGGGCUCUGCAGGGCCCCACCAGCCAGGCUGGGAGUGGCAUCAGAGGGCUUUGGACAUAGUCUUGAGUGGGCAUCAAAGUGCUUAGGAAAAGGAGGGUUUUACAAAGACAGAUCCUUUGAGAUCCAUCUCUGAAGGAGGUACAGCCUGAGCUGCCUUCUCUGUGUCACUGUUUGGGAGGACUGUGAUGGUUCUAACAAUCUGAAACGUGUGUCUGUCCAUCUGUCUGUCUGCUGUGGCACCAAUGCCCACUCAGUCUGUCUGAGCACUGAACUUUUUGGUUCUUUUUCUUUAACCUGGCUGUGAAGAAAACCGUGUGGCUGGUGUGAAUGUGUGAGCAUGCGUGUGCCGAACACCGGAGUCGUGCUGGGAUUAGGUCUGGAACCAGGGCGGGCAGCAAACGGGGAGCGGUUCAGUCUGCUUUACAAAGGUUGCUGUAUAUUCAGGGUUACCCAGGAGAAGUCUAGCUAAAACCGAAGUGCCAGCUCUGCCUUAUCUAGAGAACCAAGCAAGCCAGCGUGCCUGCUCGCCCGCGGGGGUCCAUAGUGCGCUGCCGCGAGCUCCUUGGUGGUUGUACUGUGCUGUACUCUUGGGAAUUCAAGGUAACUCUCCUGCUGGUUUAUCAGCCUUUACCCAAGGGCUUAGGGAAAGAGCUGCUGUACCUGCUGGGACCUCUGCAAAUCAAAGCCUUCACCCCAUGCCGGCUGCACUUCGCAGGCUGGUGGAGGGUGUGUUGGACACAAAGCACAAUGGUUGAAAGUGAAUCUGCGUUUUUUUCAGCUUUAUGUGAAUAAUUGCUGGAUUUUCAUUCAAUCAAACUCUUUUUUCUAAUAUAAACCACUAAGGGCUCAAUUCUUUAGCAAGAUGCGUUCGUGUCCAACUCUUGACUCAACAGCUGGAUCUCACCAAACCGGUACAGACCGACCCAAGAGGUCACAGCGAGCGCGGCCGUCAUGGGGAAAGCCAACAGACACCCAACCACCAGCUGUGUCCUUCCUCCUGCUCCUUUUCUAGCUGUCACGGUACUGGGGAGUCAGCAGCCAGGUCCCAUCUGAUGGGAUCACAUCCUGUGGUUGUGAAAACAGAGGGCUGCUUUGCUAAAAGACUUUGUCCCUUUGGGUGAUGCUGUCCAGGGACGGCGGUGGGGAGGCAAGUCAGGGUGGGAAUGGGUAGGUGGGAAAGCCUCGUGCCCUUAGAGCUGGGUCCCCACAGGUCUGCCUCGCUGUGCACUGCUCAGCCAGCCACUGAGAGCAGCGCUGUGUGCUACAUAAAGUCCAUUGUGUUGCUCCACUGAUAAGCCAGAGACUCGUGUGGACUCUGCCAGUACUGCCGGGCUCAUCUCUGUCCAGCCUUUUCUUUGCCAUAGUGUUGCAUUCAGCGUUCCAUCUCCUUUCUGUCUUCACAUCUGAGAGGAUCUGAGUUGGGUACAAACACGUCCACUACACCUGCCUUGUGCUUUGUACAACUGCCUGGUUGCCAUCCUCUGAGACACUUGCUGGGAAGAUCUUUAAGACACUUAAAUUUUCCUUUAGCUUUUCUAUAAUUCAGAUGUAAAGGACUUUCUCUCUGUACAGUAUAUUAUCCAAUGCAUGUUCUGUUCUCUCUGAUAUAUUGAACACCACACAGUUGUGAUAUUGUGCAGUGGGAAGAGCAGCCCCUGCCAACAGCAGAGGCCUUCGCCUCUCAUCUCUAAGGAAAGAAGAAAACAUAUUUUUUCCUUUGCUGUAUUUGCUUGAGCAGAGUUUUCUUGUCUGUACAUGUGAGCUGUGAGAUAGAUGUGAAAAGUUCAAAAGAAUGCAUUUCCCCCCCCAAUGUAUACAGAUUGUAAUCUGUACAAUGAAAACUGUAUGUAUGAAAAAAUGUACCUAUUUAUAAAUGGUUAACACUUGGAAA